UGUCAUGGCGGAAAGUUAUAGACAAUCCUAAACCAAACAUACCAGUUCGCCAUGAAACAAGCCAUAAAAUCAAUUAUAAUAUUAACUUUGCUCAUAUUACUAUUAUGUAAUUCACUUGGUGCCAAGAUUAACUCAAAAUCUACGGUUUUACUCAUUUCUUUCGAUGGAUUUCGCUGGGACUACAUGGAUAAAACUGAAACUCCUAACUUUGAUUCCAUCGUUAAAACUGGUGUCAAAGCUAAGUACGUUAAAAAUGCCUUCGUUACAAAGACCUUCCCUAAUCAUUUUACAAUAGUGACGGGUCUUUAUGAAGAAAGCCAUGGCAUUGUAGCUAACACUAUGUAUGACCCUGAAUUCAAAUCCUGGUUUUAUUUGAACAACACUGAACCAAGGUGGUGGAAUGGUGGUGAACCAGUUUGGAUCACGAACCAAAACUCAGGAGGCACAAGUGGAACUGUAUUCUGGCCUGGUUCGAACGUUGAAAUAAGAGGCCAAUAUCCGACAUAUUAUCUGAAAUACGACCAUAAUUUGYCCUAUAGAGACAGAGUAGAUAAAGUCGUCGAUUUGCUUACCAAAAAAAWUCCACCGACAUUAUUAACAUUAUACUUUGAAGAACCAGAUCAUUCAGGUCAUACAUAUGGACCAGAAUCAAAAGAGGUUGUUAAAGCUAUUCGUACUGCAGAUAAUGUCACUGGGUAUUUAAUAAACCAUCUUAAAGCAAAAGGACUUUUUGACAAGAUCAAUAUAAUCAUAACCAGUGACCAUGGAAUGACUGAAAUAUCUGUAAACAAUACAGUAUAUUUACAAGAUUAUGUACCUUCAGAAUGGUAUGUCCCUAUAACAGCAAAAGAAUGGGAUUCAUUUACUUUAAUAAAACCAAAAAAUGGCUAUAAAGAAAAUAUAUACAACCGUCUGAAAAACGUCUCUCACAUCAAAGUUUACAAAAAAGAAGCCAUUCCUAUGGAAUAUCAUUAUACCAACAACAGACGUAUUAUGCCUAUACUAGUAGUUGGGGAAGAAGGCUGGAGUGUAGCUUUGUCCAGGAAAGUCAAGUUCAAAGACAAGGGUAACCAUGGGUAUAGUAACAAGUAUGAAUCAAUGCAUCCUUUUUUUAUUGCUCAUGGGCCAGCUUUCAAAAGUGGAUAUUUAUCAGAACCUUUCAAAAAUGUAGAYAUUUAUCCCUUGAUGUGCCAUAUUCUGGGUAUUAAACCAGCASCAAAUAAUGGUUCUCUGGCGGACGUGCAGCAGCUGUUACGGAAUGAGAUACAAACAGAUGGCAAUUUUAUGGUAUUUACCGAGACGCGUGUCUUCGAGCGACGAGUGGCAUUUUUCACCAUCAGUCCAAUGAUUACCACAAAAAAGAAGAUGCGUGUUGCCUUCAUCGUUUGAAUGGAGCUUCUUGAUUUUCAGUUAACCAGUAAGUUUACCUACGACCAGUCAAAAAACGACACCUUGGGUUUCUAAUACUCACCCAAAAUUGUAAAAACUUUGUUUUGCAUUGGAGUGAUCGAGUUAUCAAAGAAAAAAAAUCGAUCAUUUGUAUUAUAGCACCAAGGAGAUAUAAGAGAUUGUAAACCCUAAGGAGAUCGAGAAUGUCUUCUAAGAUCGAAUAGGAUUGGAAGUAAUAUUGUUUUGCCGUGAGUUUUUUUUUUGCCGGCGCCGUAGGUCAAUUUKUUUUUAAUGUGUAACCGUUAGUCAUUAUCAAAAUGUCAUUGCAUCAACCAGUUUAUUGCUUCCUUGUCACCUUUGUAAUCAAAAACUGUUUACACCAAAUUAGUAAUCACAAUUAUACAAAGAAGAAAAUAAGAAAGUGAAGGAAAGUGCUGCAAAAGAACAUGAAAAAACCAGUUGYAAUGAUUACCUCUAUCGACGGAGCCUUUGAAAAUGAACUCAAUCCUCUUGAAACCGUAUCGAUUGAAUGAAGAGAAUGGACCUUCAAUAGCAGAACUUCUUUCAUAGUAAAUURUUAAUAAGGAAUUUGGAACUCAAUUGUAGGUACUAAUUAUAAAGACCAUGUUUUCUAAAUGAACAACCAUAAAGAGCAAACUACUGCAAGGAUAGAGCAAGUAGAAAAUAAGUGAUGCGAAAAAUAGAAGGAAUGCGAAUCGGACUGAUAGAAAUUUUWAAAAUGUUUUAGUAAACUUUUCAAUUAUUUAACUAAAGCAAGUGAACCAUGGAUGCCAUAUGUUUAUGGCAGCCAUUGAUUAUUAACACUAAAAACUAUUAUUAAGAAAAGCAAGCAAAAAUGUGUAUUUUUGGAAAAUAUGUUCGCUAUAUAUUCAGCAGAAUUCCAAUGACGUUAUUCGUAGUCAAAGAGAUUUUUAUUAACUGAUGGUUCUACAUUUUCUUUUACAUUUUUACCAAAACAAACAAGCUACAAAUA